AUGUCAGUGAGAAACACAACUUCCUCUUCUGACUUUACACUGCUGGGGCUUCUGGUGAACAGUGAGGCCAUGGGGAUUGUAUUCACAGUCAUCUUCGCUAUCUUUGUGGUGGCCAUAAUAGCAAACUUGGUCAUGAUAUUCCUGAUUCAGGUGGACCCUCAACUCCACACCCCCAUGUACUUCCUGCUCAGCCAGCUCUCCAUCAUGGACACGCUUUUCAUUUGCACCACGGUCCCAAAGCUCCUGAUGGACAUGGUUUCCACAGAGAAGACCAUCUCCUUUGUGGCCUGUGGCAUCCAGAUCUUCCUCUACUUGACUAUGAUUGGUUCAGAGUUCUUCCUGCUGGGCCUCAUGGCCUAUGACUGCUAUGUGGCUGUCUGCAACCCUCUUAGGUACCCAGUUCUGAUGAACCGCAAGGUGUGCCUUCUGCUGGCUGCUGGGGCCUGGUUUGGGGGCUCUCUGGAUGGCUUUCUGCUCACGCCCAUCACCAUGAACGUCCCCUACUGUGGCUCCCGCAGCAUCAACCACUUCUUCUGUGAGAUCCCCGCAGUGCUCAAACUGGCCUGCUCAGACACAUCCUUGUACGAGACCCUGAUGUACAUCUGCUGCGUGCUCAUGCUGCUCAUCCCCAUCUCCAUCAUCUCCACCUCCUACUCUCUCAUCUUGUUAACCGUCCACCGCAUGCGCUCCACAGAGGGACGCAAGAAGGCCUUCACCACUUGUUCAUCCCACCUGACUGUCGUCAGCAUUUUCUAUGGGGCUGCCUUCUACACAUAUGUGCUGCCCCAGUCAUUCCACACACCUGAGCAGGACAAAGUGGUAUCUGCCUUCUAUACCAUCGUCACUCCCAUGCUUAACCCACUCAUCUACAGCCUCAGAAACAAAGAUGUCAUGGGGGCAUCUAGGAGGAUAUUCACACGUUGCUCCUCAGCUCAGAAAGUAGGAACAGACAGGAGCUAG